CCCAUCAAAUCUCCAACCCUUCACACUCUCCUCUCAUCCACGUAAACCACCCUCUCCCUCCCUCGCCGCCGGUAGCCGCCACCACCGCCGCCGCCGCGAACUUCCAAUAGAUCGCCGGCUCGCCAUGGCUCUACGCCGAGCCGCCUCCCUCCUCCUCCGGCCACGGCUCCGAGCUCCCGUUCCGAUCCCCACACCCAAAACCCCAAACCCUCUCCUCCUCCCGCCCCGCCGCCACUUCUCCCAGCUCCCGCCGCCUCCAGUCCCCGCCUCCGCGGCCGCCGCCGCCGCGGCCGUUGCGGAGGAGGCGGAGGAGGCCUUCGAGGCGGCGAAGGGGACCAAGGACCUGCUCGCCGCCUUCUCCCGCCUCGAGGCCGUCAUGCCGCCCUCCGACAAGCGCCUCGCCCUCGCCUGCAUCAAGCUCGGCCAGCACCUCGAGGCCUCCGGCGCUGCCGACCCCUCCCGCGUCCUCGCCCUCGCCCUCCGAUCCCUCGGCAUCCUCGAGGCCACCCCUAACUCCGCCACCUCGACGACGGCCUCCCACUCCGAUGCCGUCUCGCUCGCCAUGGCCCUCCACCUCGCCGGCUCCGCCUCCUUCGACCUCUCCCGCUUCCACGACGCACUCUCCUUCCUCACCCGCUCCCUCCGCCUCGUCUCCCCACUCCUCCCCUCCUCCUCCUCCGCCGCCGCCGCCUCUGGUGACGACGACGCUCAAGGGUUCGACGUGAGGCCCGUGGCGCACGCGGUGCGCCUGCAGCUGGCCAACGUGAAGACGGCGCUGGGGCGGCGGGAGGAGGCCCUAGCUGACAUGCGUGCGUGCCUUGACCUCAAGGAGUCCAUCCUGCCGCCGGGUAGCCGGGAGCUCGGCGCCGCGUACCGGGACCUUGCGGAGGCGUACUCCACCGUGCUAGAUUUCAAAGAGGCGCUCCCAUUGUGCGAGAAGGCGCUCGAACUGCAUCAGUCGACGCUAGGCAAAAAUUCGGUGGAGGUUGCGCAUGAUAGGCGGCUGCUUGGGGUGAUAUACACCGGCCUGGAGCAGCAUGAGCAGGCCCUGCAGCAGAAUGAGAUGUCACAGAAGGUGAUGAAGAGCUGGGGCGUGGCUGGCGACGAGCUCCUGCACGCGGAGAUUGAUGCGGCGAACAUCAAGAUCGCUUUGGGCAAGUGCGACGAGGCCGUUACUGUGUUGAGGAAUGUCUCUAAGCAGGUGGAGAAGGAUAGCGAGAUACGAGCUCUAGUGUUUAUAUCUAUGGCAAAGGCUCUUGCUAACCAGGAGAAGGCCGGUGAUACAAAGAGGUGCUUGGAGAUUGCUUGUGACAUACUGGAGAAGAAGGAAUUGGCUGCACCAGACAAGGUGGCCGAAGCAUAUGUGGAGGUAUCCUCACUGUAUGAGAUGGUGAAUGAGUUUGACAAAGCGAUAUCAUUGCUGAAGAGGAGCUUGGGGAUGCUUGAGAGGAUACCUCAGGCACAACACAUGGAAGGGAAUGUUGCGGCUCGGAUUGGGUGGCUAUUGCUUCUGACAGGGAAGGUGUCGGAGGCUGUCCCAUACUUGGAGGAUGCAGUGGAGAGGAUGAAGGACAGCUUUGGACCAAAGCAUUACGGGGUAGGGUAUGUGUAUAACAAUUUGGGGGCUGCAUAUAUGGAGAUCGGCCGACCACAGUCUGCUGCGCAGAUGUUUGCGCUUGCAAAGGAAGUCAUGGAUGUUUCCUUGGGGCCGCACCAUUCAGAUACCAUAGAGGCCUGCCAGAGCCUUGCCAAUGCAUACAACGCAAUGGGAAGCUAUGCUCUGGCUAUGGAGUUCCAAAAGCGAGUGGUGGAUUCUUGGCGAAACCAUGGUCCCAGUGCUAGGGACGAGCUCAAGGAAGCUAUUCGUCUCUAUGAGCAGAUAAAGAUAAAGGCUCUUUCAUGCCUAUCGCCUGAAAAUUCAGCAAUUGCAUUGCCUGAACCUCUGGAAAAGGAGGUUGAUUCUGAUUCUACCAGAGUUGCUCAACAAUAAUUUCAAAGUAUUGUACGCAUCAGUUUUUCUAUCAAUAUAUGAUUAUGAUAUGUUGUUUAGUAGUACAAGAAAUUUUGGCUGUGAAACUACCUAUUGUAUGAUCCUUAUUGACUUGUUACGCACUGA